CCCAAGUCAGACUCAACUUUACAACACUGACACGGCUGGGAUUUGCAAUGUGCGCUGUCACUCGUUUUUUAUGGAAAAAUCUGAAAAACUUUCGAAGGUAAAUCUGUGCAGUAAUUUGACUUUAGCCAGGUAAAGGUUACACUUUUUCUUUGUGUUUCUUUUUUUUGUGUGUAAAAGUUACAGAUACCGUUGAGUAGAUAUGCGCGUUGUUAUAUUUUACAGUGUGUUCCCCCGAAACAUCAGAAAGAAGUGUACAGUUGGUGGUGACUGCGAUAGCUAACCCUGCUUCUGGGAGAACAUAACUUCAUCAAAUUUACUUUUGGACUCACUUUGAUUUAACUUUCGAUGAUCGAGGUUUCGAGUUUCGCUCUCCGAAAAACGUGAUUUUUUUUGUCUCUUUGGGUUGAGUCUUUUUAAAAAAAAAAUUUUUCUCGGGUAAAUAGUUUUUUGGGAUAUUUUUUGUUGGAAUAAACAUGGAUCCGAGCCAGCACAACCCCCCGGCCGGUCACCAGAUAAUCCACGUCCGUGGAGACUCCGAGACGGACCUGGAGGCCCUUUUCAACGCUGUUAUGAACCCGAAAAAUACCAUCGUCCCCCCCUCCGUCCCUAUGAGGAUGAGAAAGCUUCCAGAUUCCUUCUUCAAACCGCCAGAGCCAAAGUCCCACUCCAGACAAACCAGCACAGACGCAGGUACAGCCGGUGCCAUCGCCCCCCACCACGUGCGUGCCCACUCGUCCCCUGCCUCCCUACAGCUAGGGGCAGUGUCUCCCCUGUUGGGCAUGGUCCCUGCUGGAGCUCCCCCAUCGCACCUCCGACAGUCGUCUUAUGAGAUCCCAGAGGACAUGCCCCUGCCCCCGGGCUGGGAGAUGGCCAAGACCCCCUCUGGACAAAGAUACUUCCUCAACCAUCUGGACCAGUCGACCACCUGGCUGGACCCUCGUAAGGCCCUCCUACAGAUGAACCAGGCCCCUCCCACCAGCCCUGUACCAGUCCAGCAACAGAACAUCAUGAGCCCCGCUAGUGGUCCUCUCCCUGACUGCUGGGAACAGGCCGUAACCUCAGAGGGAGAGGUCUACUACAUCAACCACAAGAACAAAACCACCUCUUGGCUCGACCCGCGCCUCGACCCGCGCCUCGACCCGCGACUUGACCCACGCUACGGCCUGAACCAGCAGCGUAUCACCCAGAGUGGUCCAAGCAAGCAGGGGGGCCAACUGCCCUCCAGUCCCGAGAGCAGAGGAGUCAUGGGGGGCAGCAACCAGAUGAGGCUCCAGCAGCUGCAGAUGGAGAAGGAGAGGUUGAGACUGAAACACCAGGAGCUGCUCCGCACCAGACCACAGGAGCUGGCUUUGAGGACCCAACUACCUGUCAGUAUGGAGCAGGACGGGGGGACUCCCAACCCUGUGUCGUCCCCUGGGAUGGGCCAGGACGCCAGAACCAUGACAACCAACAGCUCCGACCCAUUCCUCAACAGUGGGACCUACCACUCUCGGGAUGAGAGCACGGACAGCGGUCUGAGUAUGAGCAGCUACAGUGUCCCCCGUACCCCCGACGACUUCCUCAACAGUGUGGACGAGAUGGACACUGGGGACGCCCUGCCGGUCUCCAUGGGGACGCAGCCCAGCCGUUUCCCUGACUACCUGGACACCAUCCCGGGGACGGACGUGGACCUGGGCACGCUGGAGAGUGACAACAUGGCCAUGGAGGGGGAGGAGCUUAUGCCUAGUCUCCAGGAAGCCCUGAGCUCCGACAUCCUGAACGAUAUGGAGUCAGUCCUGGCCGCCACAAAGAUCGACAAGGAGAGCUUCCUCACAUGGUUAUAACAAGGUUAUAACAUGGUUAUAGAACACGCUGGACCCUUAUACGGUAUACAGUGGGGGUUCCCAAACUUUUGUUUUCUCUGUGUCCCAUCUGAGGUGGGUGUUGUGACCCCCCAUCGGACUUGAACAGUGGAACUGCAUAUUCUGACCUACUGGUAUAUAGGAGAGAGGAGAGGAGAGGGAUGAGAGGAGAGGAGAGGAGAGGGAUGAGAGGAGAGGGAGGAGAGGAGAGGAGAGGGAUGAGAGGAGAGGAGAGGGAUGAGAGGAGAGGAGAGGGAUGAGAGGAGAGGAGAGGAGAGGAGAGGGAUGAGAGGAGCCUGGGAAGGGAUGAUGGGUUCUAGGAAGAGAGACAUCCUCUCCUCACUAAGUCUACACUCUGAACUGCUACCUAGUCAACCUACAUGAUUUGAUACAACAGAGACAUUCAACCAACGUGUGACGUCUGUCGUCUGACGUCUGUCGUCGGUCAGCAUACACAAUGAUACUGACAUAUUUUUUUGGCAGUGCUAUUCUCUUGUUUCUAUGUCUUUAUUUUAGUUGUCUGUGUCUUCAAGGCUGGCCCAUGAACAGACCAUUUAAUCAAGGGUCCCCAAAUCUCUUCACACGGCUUGCCUUGUCCUUCAUCUAGGUCUCUUUACCUGGCGCAGGAGAGCUGCUCAUUUGUCUACCCAACCAUCACAUCAAGGGAGUCUUUACCUGCUGGCUGGCCGGCUGGCACUAGGCAAGGGGCUUGGUCCUCUCCUUCUCCCCUAACCCCCACUACCCCCAUACUGUAUCUGAGCUGGACAGUCCUCUCCUUCUCCCCUAACCCCCACUACCCCCAUACUGUAUCUGAGCUGGUCAGUCCUCUCCUUCUCCCCUAACCCCCACUACCCCCAUACUGUAUCUGAGCUGGACAGUCCUCUCCUUCUCUCCUAACCCCCACUACCCCCAUACUGUAUCUGAGCUGGACAGUCCUCUCCUUCUCCCCUAACCCCCACUACCCCCAUACUGUAUCUGAGCUGGUCAGUCCUCUCCUUCUCCCCUAACCCCCACUACCCCCAUACUGUAUCUGAGCUGGUCAGUCCUCUCCUUCUCCCCUAACCCCCACUACCCCCAUACUGUAUCUGAGCUGGUCAGUCCUCUCCUUCUCUCCUAACCCCCACUACCCCCAUACUGUAUCUGAGCUGGUCAGUCCUCUCCUUCUCCCCUAACCCCCACUACCCCCAUACUGUAUCUGAUCUGGUCAGUCCUCUCCUUCUCCCCUAACCCCCACUACCCCCAUACUGUAUCUGAGCUGGACAGUCCUCUCCUUCUCCCCUAACCCCCACUACCCCCAUACUGUAUCUGAGCUGGUCAGUCCUCUCCUGGAGAGACUGUCUAGUCCACAACACAACUCUGGAGAGACUGUCUAGUCCACAACACAACCCUUGAGAGACUGUCUAGUCCACAACACAACCCUGGAGAGACUGUCUAGUCCACAACACAACUCUGGAGAGACUGUCUAGUCCACAACACACCUCUGGAGAGACUGUCUAGUCCACAACACAACUCUGGAGAGACUGUCUAGUCCACAACACAACUCUGGAGAGACUGUCUAGUCCACAACUCUGGAGAGACUGUCUAGUCCACAACACAACCCUGGAGAGACUGUCUAGUCCACAACACAACUCUGGAGAGACUGUCUAGUCCACAACACAACCCUGGAGAGACUGUCUAGUCCACAACACAAUCCUGGAGAGACUGUCUAGUCCACAACACAACUCUGGAGAGACUGUCUAGUCCACAACACAACUCUGGAGAGACUGUCUAGUCCACAACACAACUCUGGAGACACUGUCUAGUCCACAACACAACCCUGGAGAGACUGUCUAGUCCACAACACAACCCUGGAGGGGCUGUCUUGUCCACAACACAACUCUGGAGAGACUGUCUAGUCCACAACACAACUCUGGAGAGACUGUCUAGUCCACAACACAACUCUGGAGAGACUCUCUAGUCCACAACACAACUCUGGAGAGACUGUCUAGACUGUCUAGUCCACAACACAACCCUGGAGAGACUGUCUAGUCCACAACACAACUCUGGAGAGACUGUCUAGUCAGCAACACAACCCUGGAGAGACUGUCUAGUCCACAACACAACCCUGGAGAGACUGUCUAGUCAACAACACAACCCUGGAGAGACUGACUAGUCCACAACACAACUCUGGAGAGACUGUCUAGUCCACAACACAACUCUGGAGAGACUGUCUAGUCCACAACACAACCCUGGAGAGACUGUCUAGUCCACAACACAACUCUGGAGAGACUGUCUAGUCCACAACACAACUCUGGAGAGACUGUCUAGUCCACAACACAACCCUGGAGAGACUGUCUAGACUGUCUAGUCCACAACACACCUCUGGAGAGACUGUCCAGACUGCCUAGUCCACAACACAACUCUGGAGAGACUGUCUAGACUGUCUAGUCCACAACACAACCCUGGAGAGACUGUCCAGACUGUCUAGUCCACAACACAACUCUGGAGAGACUGUCUAGACUGUCUUGUCCAUAACACAACCCUGGAGAGACUGUCUAGUCCACAACACAACUCUGGAGAGACUGUCUAGUCCACAACACACCUCUGGAGAGACUGUCUCGUCCACAACGAAACCCUGGAGAGACUGUCUAGACUGUCUAGUCCACAACACACCUCUGGAGAGACUGUCUAGUCUGUCUAGUCCACAACACCACCCUGAAGAGACUGUCUAGUCCACAACACAACUCUGGAGAGACUGUCUAGUCCACAACACAACUCUGGAGAGACUGUCUAGUCCACAACACAACCCUGGAGAGACUGUCUAGUCCACAACACAACCCUGGAGGGGCUGUCUAGUCCACAACACAACUCUGGAGGGGCUGUCUAGUCCACAACACAACUCUGGGGAGACUGUCUAGUCCACAACACAACUCUGGAGGGGCUGUCUAGUCAGCAACACAACCCUGGAGAGACUGUCUAGUCCACAACACAAUUCUGGAGAGACUGUCUCGUCCACAACACAACCCUGGAGAGACUGUCUAGUCAGCAACACAACCCUGGAGAGACUGUCUAGUCCACAACACAACUCUGGAGAGACUGUCUAGUCCACAACACAACCCUGGAGAGACUGUCUAGUCCACAACACAACUCUGGAGAGACUGUCUAGUCCACAACACAACUCUGGAGAGACUGUCUAGUCCACAACACAACCCUGGAGAGACUGUCUAGUCCACAACACAACCCUGGAGGGGCUGUCUAGUCCACAACACAACUCUGGAGGGGCUGUCUAGUCCACAACACAACUCUGGGGAGACUGUCUAGUCCACAACACAACUCUGGAGGGGCUGUCUAGUCAGCAACACAACCCUGGAGAGACUGUCUAGUCCACAACACAAUUCUGGAGAGACUGUCUCGUCCACAACACAACCCUGGAGAGACUGUCUAGUCAGCAACACAACCCUGGAGAGACUGUCUAGUCCACAACACAACCCUGGAGGGGCUGUCUAGUCCACGACACAACUCUGGAGAGACUGUCUCGUCCACAACACAACCCUGGAGAGGCUGUCUAGUCCACAACACAACUCUGGAGAGACUGUCUAGACUGUCUAGUCCACAACACAACCCUGGAGAGACUGUCUAGUCCACAACACAACUCUGGAGAGACUGUCUAGUCAGCAACACAACCCUGGAGAGACUGUCUAGUCCACAACACAACCCUGGAAAGACUGUCUAGUCCACAACACAACCCUGGAGAGACUGUCUAGUCAACAACACAACCCUGGAGAGACUGUCUAGUCCACAACACAACUCUAGAGAGACUGUCUAAUCCACAACACAACCCUGGAGAGACUGUCUAGUCCACAACACAACUCUGGAGAGACUGUCUAGUCCACAACACAACUCUGGAGAGACUGUCUAGUCCACAACACAACUCUGGAGAGACUGUCUCGUCCACAACACAACCCUGGAGAGACUGUCUAGUCCGCAACACAACCCUGGAGAGACUGUCUAGUCCGCAACACAACCCUGGAGAGACUGUCUAGUCCGCAACACAACCCUGGAGAGACUGUCUACUCCACAACACAACUCUGGAGAGACUGUCUAGUCAACAACACAACUCUGGAGAGACUGUCUAGUCCACAACACAACCCUGGAGGGGCUGUCUUGUCCACAACACAACUCUGGAGAGACUGUCUAGUCCACAACACAACUCUGGAGAGACUGUCUAGUCCACAACACAACUCUGGAGAGACUCUCUAGUCCACAACACAACUCUGGAGAGACUGUCUAGACUGUCUAGUCCACAACACAACCCUGGAGAGACUGUCUAGUCCACAACACAACUCUGGAGAGACUGUCUAGUCAGCAACACAACCCUGGAGAGACUGUCUAGUCCACAACACAACCCUGGAGAGACUGUCUAGUCAACAACACAACCCUGGAGAGACUGUCUAGUCCACAACACAACUCUGGAGAGACUGUCUAGUCCACAACACAACUCUGGAGAGACUGUCUAGUCCACAACACAACCCUGGAGAGACUGUCUAGUCCACAACACAACUCUGGAGAGACUGUCUAGUCCACAACACAACUCUGGAGAGACUGUCUAGUCCACAACACAACCCUGGAGAGACUGUCUAGACUGUCUAGUCCACAACACACCUCUGGAGAGACUGUCCAGACUGCCUAGUCCACAACACAACUCUGGAGAGACUGUCUAGACUGUCUAGUCCACAACACAACCCUGGAGAGACUGUCCAGACUGUCUAGUCCACAACACAACUCUGGAGAGACUGUCUAGACUGUCUUGUCCAUAACACAACCCUGGAGAGACUGUCUAGUCCACAACACAACUCUGGAGAGACUGUCUAGUCCACAACACACCUCUGGAGAGACUGUCUCGUCCACAACGAAACCCUGGAGAGACUGUCUAGACUGUCUAGUCCACAACACACCUCUGGAGAGACUGUCUAGUCUGUCUAGUCCACAACACCACCCUGAAGAGACUGUCUAGUCCACAACACAACUCUGGAGAGACUGUCUAUUCCACAACACAACUCUGGAGAGACUGUCUAGUCCACAACACAACCCUGGAGAGACUGUCUAGUCCACAACACAACCCUGGAGGGGCUGUCUAGUCCACAACACAACUCUGGAGGGGCUGUCUAGUCCACAACACAACUCUGGGGAGACUGUCUAGUCCACAACACAACUCUGGAGGGGCUGUCUAGUCAGCAACACAACCCUGGAGAGACUGUCUAGUCCACAACACAAUUCUGGAGAGACUGUCUCGUCCACAACACAACCCUGGAGAGACUGUCUAGUCAGCAACACAACCCUGGAGAGACUGUCUAGUCCACAACACAACUCUGGAGAGACUGUCUAGUCCACAACACAACCCUGGAGAGACUGUCUAGUCCACAACACAACUCUGGAGAGACUGUCUAGUCCACAACACAACUCUGGAGAGACUGUCUAGUCCACAACACAACCCUGGAGAGACUGUCUAGUCCACAACACAACCCUGGAGGGGCUGUCUAGUCCACAACACAACUCUGGAGGGGCUGUCUAGUCCACAACACAACUCUGGGGAGACUGUCUAGUCCACAACACAACUCUGGAGGGGCUGUCUAGUCAGCAACACAACCCUGGAGAGACUGUCUAGUCCACAACACAAUUCUGGAGAGACUGUCUCGUCCACAACACAACCCUGGAGAGACUGUCUAGUCAGCAACACAACCCUGGAGAGACUGUCUAGUCCACAACACAACCCUGGAGGGGCUGUCUAGUCCACGACACAACUCUGGAGAGACUGUCUCGUCCACAACACAACCCUGGAGAGGCUGUCUAGUCCACAACACAACUCUGGAGAGACUGUCUAGACUGUCUAGUCCACAACACAACCCUGGAGAGACUGUCUAGUCCACAACACAACUCUGGAGAGACUGUCUAGUCAGCAACACAACCCUGGAGAGACUGUCUAGUCCACAACACAACCCUGGAAAGACUGUCUAGUCCACAACACAACCCUGGAGAGACUGUCUAGUCAACAACACAACCCUGGAGAGACUGUCUAGUCCACAACACAACUCUAGAGAGACUGUCUAAUCCACAACACAACCCUGGAGAGACUGUCUAGUCCACAACACAACUCUGGAGAGACUGUCUAGUCCACAACACAACUCUGGAGAGACUGUCUAGUCCACAACACAACUCUGGAGAGACUGUCUCGUCCACAACACAACCCUGGAGAGACUGUCUAGACUGUCUAGUUCACAACACAACCCUGGAGAGACUGUCUAGUCCGCAACACAACCCUGGAGAGACUGUCUAGUCCGCAACACAACCCUGGAGAGACUGUCUACUCCACAACACAACUCUGGAGAGACUGUCUAGUCAACAACACAACUCUGGAGAGACUGUCUAGUCCACAACACAACCCUGGAAAGACUGUCUAGUCCACAACACAACCCUGGAGAGACUGUCUAGUCAACAACACAACCCUGGAGAGACUGUCUAGUCCACAACACAACUCUAGAGAGACUGUCUAGUCCACAACACAACUCUGGACAGACUGUCUAGUCCACAACACAACUCUGGAGAGACUGUCUAGUCCACAACACAACCCUGGAGAGACUGUCUAGUCCGCAACACAACUCUGGAGAGACUGUCUAGUCAGCAACACAACCCUGGAGAGACUGUCUAGUCCACAACACAACCCUGGAGAGACUGUCUACUCCACAACACAACCCUGGAGAGACUGUCUAGUCAACAACACAACCCUGGAGAGACUGUCUAGUCCACAACACAACUCUGGAGAGACUGUCUAGUCCACAACACAACUCUAGAGAGACUGUCUAAUCCACAACACAACCUUGGAGAGACUGUCUAGUCCACAACACAACUCUGGACAGACUGUCUAGUCCACAACACAACUCUGGAGAGACUGUCUAGUCCACAACACAACCCUGGAGAGACUGUCUAGUCCGCAACACAACUCUGGAGAGACUGUCUAGUCAGCAACACAACCCUGGAGAGACUGUCUAGUCCACAACACAACCCUGGAGAGACUGUCUACUCCACAACACAACCCUGGAGAGACUGUCUAGUCAACAACACAACCCUGGAGAGACUGUCUAGUCCACAACACAACUCUGGAGAGACUGUCUAGUCCACAACACAACUCUGGAGAGACUGUCUAGUCCACAACACAACUCUGGAGAGACUGUCUAGUCCACAACACAACCCUGGAGAGACUGUCUAGUCCACAACACAACUCUGGAGAGACUGUCUAGUCCACAAUACAACUCUGGAGAGACUGUCUAGUCCACAACACAACUCUGGAGAGACUGUCUAGUCCACAACACAACUCUGGAGAGAUUCUCUAGUCCACAACACAACUCUGGAGAGACUGUCUAGUCCACAACACAACUCUGGAGAGACUGUCUAGUCCACAACACAACUCUGGAGAGACUGUCUAGUCCACAACACAACCCUGGAGAGACUGUCUAGUCCACAACACAACCCUGGAGAGACUGUCUAGUCCACAACACAACCCUGGAGAGACUGUCUAGUCCACAACACAACCCUGGAGAGACUGUGUAGUCCACAACACAACCCUGGAGAGACUGUCUAGUCCACAACACAACUCUGGAGAGACUGUCUAGUCCACAACACAACUCUGGAGAGAUUCUCUAGUCCACAACACAACUCUGGAGAGACUGUCUAGUCCACAACACAACUCUGGAGAGACUGUCUAGUCCACAACACAACUCUGGAGAGACUGUCUAGUCCACAACACAACCCUGGAGAGACUGUCUAGUCCACAACACAACCCUGGAGAGACUGUCUAGUCCACAACACAACCCUGGAGAGACUGUCUAGUCCACAACACAACCCUGGAGAGACUGUCUAGUCCACAACACAACCCUGGAGAGACUGUCUAGUCCACAACACAACUCUGGAGAGACUGUCUAGUCCACAACACAACUCUGGAGAGACUGUCUAGUCCACAACACAACCCUGGAGAGACUGUCUAGUCCACAACACAACUCUGGAGGGGCUGUCUAGUCCACAACACAACUCUGGAGAGACUGUCUAGUCCACAACACAACUCUGGAGAGACUGUCUAGACUGUCUAGUCCACAACACAACUCUGGAGAGACUGUCUCGUCCACAACACAACUCUGGAGAGACUGUCUAGACUGUCUAGUCCACAACACAACUCUGGAGAGACUGUCUAGUCCACAACACAACUCUGGAGAGACUGUCUAGUCCACAACACAACUCUGGAGAGACUGUCUAGUCCACAACACAACUCUGGAGAGACUGUCUAGUCCACAACACAACCCUGGAGAGACUGUCUAGUCCACAACACAACCCUGGAGAGACUGUCUAGUCCACAACACAACUCUGGAGAGACUGUCUAGUCCACAACACAACCCUGGAGAGACUGUCUAGUCCACAACACAACUCUGGAGAGACUGUCUAGUCCACAACACAACUCUGGAGAGACUGUCUAGUCCACAACACAACUCUGGAGAGACUGUCUAGUCCACAACACAACCCUGAAGAGACUGUCUAGUCCACAACACAACCCUGGAGGGGCUGUCUUGUCCACAACACAACUCUGGAGAGACUGUCUAGUCCACAACACAACUCUGGAGAGACUGUCUAGUCCACAACACAACUCUGGAGAGACUCUCUAGUCCACAACACAACCCUGGAGAGACUGUCUAGUCCACAACACAACUCUGGAGAGACUGUCUAGUCCACAACACAACCCUGGAGAGACUGUCUAGUCCACAACACAACUCUGGAGAGACUGUCUAGUCCACAACACAACUCUGGAGAGACUGUCUAGUCCACAACACAACCCUGGAGAGACUGUCUAGUCCACAACACAACCCUGGAGAGACUGUCUAGUCCACAACACAACUCUGGAGAGACUGUCUAGUCCACAACACAACUCUGGAGAGACUGUCUAGUCCACAACACAACUCUGGAGAGACUGUCUAGUCCACAACACAACUCUGGAGAGACUGUCUAGUCCACAACACAACCCUGGAGAGACUGUCUAGUCCACAACACAACCCUGGAGGGGCUGUCUCGUCCACAACGAAACCCUGGAGAGACUCUCUAGUCCACAACACGACUCUGGAGAGACUCUCUAGUCCACAACACAACCCUGGAGAGACUCUCUAGUCCACAACACAGUGAGAAGCAGCAGCUCAACCUUCUUAGUUGUCUGGAACGACUCCUGCUUCCCGCCAUCUCAUUAAAAGUGUCUUUGGAAAAUGUGUGAACAUCAUACACUCCUGCUUCCUGCUUCCUGGCCUUUUUUAAUUCAUUUAUUCUUAUGUCUUUUACAUUUUUAUAGUUUUAAGAUGUUGUUUUUAAUGAUGAGCCUGGGAAAACCAAAAAUGAUGUAUCGGAAGUUUGGGGAAGAACUACUGAUUUGGAAGGUUAGGUUAAAUUAGGUUAAGUUAAAUUAGGUUAAAUUAGAUGAGGUUAAAUUAGGCUCGGUUCAUUUAGAUUAAAUUCGGUUAAGUUAGGCUAGGUUAAGUUUGGCUAGGUUGAGUUAGGCUAGGUUGAGUUAGGCUAGGUUAAGUUAGGCUAGGUUAAGUUAGGCUAGGGCAACAUUCCAAAUGGCACUUAUUCCCUAAAUAGUGCACUAUUUUUGACCAGAGCUCUGUGGCCACUGGUCAAAAUGAGUGUACUAUAUAGGGAAUAGGGUGCCAUUUGGGAGACAGCCUAGGUUAUACAAGAUGGAGUCCCAGUUCGGACUGUGUGGUGGUGAUGGGGGAUGGGCUGGAGCCUGGGGCUGGGUACCUUGUAUACUAUACCAUACUGCUGCUUGGCUGUGCCAGCAUGUCUAGACGUUAAACCUUUCAUUGUCAAAUCAAGUGCCUUCAGUUGUAUUGUUUUGAGAGAAGAACAGGGAAAAAACAAAGGAACGCCAAGUUUUCUGUAUUGUAGUGUAUUGUAGUGUAUUGUAGUGUAUUGUAGUGUAUUGUGUAUUGUGACUUCAAGCAAUAAUGAUGUAUCGUAGAAAUGGUAUUAUUGACGAACAAACCACACUUCCCUCUACUUACCCAAAUGUUUAAUAAUCAAAAGUUUCUAUUGUUAAAGGUUUUAUAAAAACGUGUUAUUAUGACCUUUUAAAUCUUCUUUAUUUUCACGGUCUGAUUCACGCCUGAUUCAUGGUCCGAUUCACGGUCUGAUUCACGGUCUGAUUCACGGUCUGAUUCACGGUCUGAUUCACGGUCUGAUUCAAGCCUGAUUCACGGUCUGAUUCAAGCCUGAUUCACGGUCUGAUUCACACCUGAUUCACGGUUGCUUUGUUCUGAUCUUUUAAUACUCUUCUAUGUUUCUUAGGUUAUUACAUGAUGUAUAAUAGAUCAAACAGAUUCUUGGUUUUUUACUUUAGUUUUUUUUUUUUGGAUUGAUAUGUUUGUUUUUAUCACUAAAUGACGUGGACGUCUUCACAGAGAAACAGACCGAUUCCGUUACAAGUUGUCUCUGUUAGGAUUUUUAACUGAUUUGAUGUAGUUGUAACCUUUUCGACUUACAAGAAGAACAAAAGGCACUUUGGAUCAAUAAGGGCUUGUUUGAUGUAUCUGCAUCCUGAAUGGCACCCUAUUCCCUACACAGUGCACUACUAUAUAUAGGGAAUAGGGUUCAUUUUAAGAGCCAGCCAUUGUCUCCCUGUCUGAAAGGCAGUCUACAGAUAUCCCUUCCUGCCCUGUUGUAGACCUGCUGUGCUGCUGAAACAAGAUGGUGGUUAGGACCUGUUUUAUCUGGUGAGAAGAGCAUGUCAUGACGGUUAGAGAGGUAAGGUUAGAGGUUACAACCGGGGUUCGAUUUGAAUCCGUGGUAAAUGUGAGUUACAGUAUGUUGGCUUUAGUUGGUGUACAGGUAGAAUUUCUCCUUAUGAAAAAACAACCAGCUAUGGUUUUACAGUCAAGAAUUGUUGUGAUGUGACAGAUUCCAAAGAGUGAUUUUUUUCUUCUUCUAGUGAGUCUUCUUUCAACUGAUACUGAAUCUAAUUUCACGAGCGAGAAAAAAAAACCUAAAUGAUUUGUUAUUAUCAAUCUCUGUCCAUCUGUCUACCUAUAUACACAUGUACGUAUAAGCUAAUGAGAAUGUCAAUUAGGUUAGGGUUUCAAGGUAACCGAGGUGUCUAGACGGUCAUUGUGAUGAACUUAACUGAGGAUUCUAGAAGUUCUAGAAUAGAACAGACAAGUACGUGAUUCUUCCGGAAUGAUUUCUGUCACGUGUUUGACAACACUACAACAACGUUGGUGAUCCACUACAGUGACUUAUCUUGUUAAAGUUUGGUGGUCGAAUAAAUGAUGCAUUUGUCACAUAAGUGUGAUUUUUUUUUUAUGCUUAGCUAGUUUUGUUAGACUAUUAGUUAACUGUUGACUGUUUGUGUAGUACUAAUCACUCACGUUUAAAGGAUUGGUAUUUAGGUAUUGUCUAAAUGCAAACGUCAAAAAUAAAUUUCUAUGUUCAGUAACGAUGAUCUCUAAAUCUUUUCAGAGAUAAUAUGUACAUGUAUUGUAGAAACAAAUUCUGUUCCAUAUGUAUCCCUUUCUGUAAUACUUUAGAAUUGGCCUGGAAUAAUGUAUAUACUGUAGUAAUAAAGUAUAUACUGUAGUAAUAAAGUAUAUACUGUAGUAAUAAUGUAUGUACUGUAGUAAUAAAGUAUAUACUGUAGUAAUAAA